AUGGAAUCUGUGGCAAUGUCAACGUCAGGCCUAGGCCGUCUAUCAGAAAGACGGGGUAUCCAAAAACUGGCUCAUAUCGAACCGCCAGUGGCUUCUAGUACUGUUUUUCGACCAUUCCAAGCUCACAAAUCGUCCUUAUCUCAGGUGAUGGAUGCUGAACCCAUCCUCUCUACGUCUAACUCUUCAUCCUCGUUAGCGUCGUCCAUUAGUAAAAUCUCGAUAUCAGCGCCGAGACUGCAAAGUUCUUCGUCUUCAUUAGCGACCACCCCUCUAGAGCCCCUCUUAACAAAUUUUGAAAUAUCGCCUUCAUUACCCAUGACACCGGAAAUUGGCGAGUUUCAAGGGAAUUGGCGACAGCUAGACGACGAAGUGGUUGCAACAUAUAGUGGACUUGGCCUCGAUUGCGAAAUCUUAGAAGACAUGAGGCGGAAGACAAGAUCAAAAAGUCUAUCAGAGCGUGUCUUUCCUGGUGCCAAGUCUAGAACACCAUCUACGUCCACGAUUGCGGAGUUGGCAGAGAUCGAACUAUCCGAGCUUGCUGAUGAUGCGGACGGUGUGGCAUCAGUGAGACCUUCAAUAGAUAUGUCGGUUAAGUUAUCGCAUUCGACAAUACAACCUGGAAAUGAAGAGCUCUACGACCCUGAUACCCUUUCAGACCCUUCUGCCCCAACUUCGCCGGUGCCUGAGUAUAUGGGUAGAACUAGCAGGAGGGCAACCGUGCUCCAACGUAUGCUGCCGCCGAAGCUAAGAGCAACUAUGCGCAGAAGGUCGUCCAGCACACACUCGCCACAUGCUCCACCUCCAAUCCCCCCACUCUCUACUAUGCCUACUUUUUACCAACAAGCACCAGAAACCCCAGAUGAGGAUUUCGACUCUUACUUCGCCGAGAAACUACCACUCCCAGACAAUGAUUCUUUCUCCUCGAUCGAGGAAAUGAUACAUACCUGUGCCCCAACCCCUCCGCUCCCUCCCUUUGUCAUGCCGGACUAUUUUACCAAGACCAUGCUUAUUCCGUCAACACUAUGUUCUGCAACAACAUCACCCACAUCGAACCUGCCGCCACUGGCCGAGAACUUUCCUGAAAUAGUUCCCCUGGGUGCGGGCGAUUUGGUCAAGUCCCCAUUGCCUCAACCUCCAAUAUCGCCUCUGGGAUCACCGGGACUGCCGCCAGUGCGGGGUACGGCACUGAAUAUCAUUAAUCCGAUGUCUCUCACCACCUACCAACAUCAGCAAGUGGUGCCAGACGUUGUAGAAUAUGAUUCUCCAGCUAUUUUAUCGCCAAAACAUCGCCGCCAGGUCUCUGGUGAGGGCCCGGUAACGGCUAACUCCCUCGCUGAUAUGAUCCAGCAAAUGAUUCGGGAAGAUGAAGCUUUUGAGGUCACAGAAAAACAUCUCUCUGAAAGCGGUUGGACUACUCCACAAGAAGUCCAAGCCAUCAGAUAUCAAAGGCAAGACACAAACAUGGAAUGGAAAAAAAGGAUUGCAGAAUCCAAGAAGAUUCUCAUCGAUAUCAGAAAACAAGAGGUGCAGGCAUCCACCCGCACUGAGAACGUAUAA